AUGACGGCGGAAAACUCAAUCAUAUCGACAACUUUUCAACUUGGAAGCAAUGGAGCCUGGUUCGAGAACUUAGCUGUACGGCCAAAAGGAAACCUCCUUGCAACUCGUAUCGACGUACCCAAGCUCUGGUCCAUCAGUACAGCACCUAUAUCGGAAACCGGCCAUCCUUUUUACACGUUCCCCCGUGAAAGCAGCGUAAUGGGAAUUGCAGAGAUUGGCGAGGAUAUCUACGCGGUUGUUACUGGAAACCUCUCCAUAUCCACCAUCAGCCCGGUACCCGGGACACAACCAACCCAAAACAAAAAUCUCGCGUACAACCCGGACGCUCACCUGCUUAACGGCAUCAUAAAGUUCGGAAAUAACUUAUGUCUUAUUACGGAUUCAAAAAAGGGUGUUAUUUGGCGUCUUGACCUUACCACCGGGGAAUACUCCCAAGCUCUUUCCCAUGCACCCUUGCUUCCAGAAGAGGAUCAACCAGUCCAAGUAGGUGCAAAUGGAAUUAAGGCGCUGCACAGUUACGUCUACUUCACCAGCACGACCAGGGAGAUCUCCAGACGGAUCCCUGUCGACGAGCAUGCUUCCGCCACUGUUCAGCUUGUCGCUGGAAACGAAUUCAAGCUUACUGUUGCGGGUUCUACGGCUAUUGCCUUGAGUAAAGACCGAACGGUACUGUACGUCGCCACGAGUGGAGCACAAAUUGCCCCUGUUAUGAGCCAGACAGUUAAACCGGCUAAGAUUGUUGCUGUGAGGCUUUAA